AUGAAUCAAGAUUUUCAAAAAACUUUCGGAGGGCCAUUCUCUACACGACUUGCAGCAGCCGUAGACACCGAUGAAUUUAGGCAUUAUCAAUAUACUGUAGGAAACCCUGUUUUAAAACGCGCAUUAGAUCAAAUUCAAGCAGAAAAACAUCAAGUUUAUUUCCCAAAACCCGAAUCUAAUGGAAACGACAAAUAUCUCGAGCUAGCAAUAAUGGAUUUAAAGCUAUCAUCAAAUAAAGUAGUUCAAUACGGGAUUGAAAUGGCACUUAAAAAGCAAUUAGCAGCUGAAAAAGCACGUCUUAAAGCAGAUAAUGAAAUUAUGCAAGCCAAAAUUAAUCAAUUGAAAGCUUCUCUGGAAAAUGAAUCAAAAACUUAA